UGCACUGUGAUACAAUGACGGGUCUCCUGUAUUUCUAUUUGAGUGUUUGCGCGUUUACUGGUUGGAGCGAUGCUGUUUCAACGAAGAUGGAUUUUGGAGGAGAUGAAGUAGUGUCUCUUACAAACUCUACAAAAAUAGAAGAUGAAGAUGUCGAAGUCCAACACACCAUUGUGCUUUCAACUAAACUUAAGAACAAUAACAACAGAAGGGGACUACAUAGCUCAAAUGAUGAUAAUUCUGGAACCCUAACCUACAACGUCGGCAAGAAAGAAGAUAAAGAAGAUAGCGGCGAAGUUCCUGUUUUAAAUGGUUACAAGUCAGUUGAGACUACGCAAAUAAGAACUCCAGAUACAAGAACCAGAGGUUCAUUCUAUCCAGACUCGGCAUUCAUAAACAGGAAUGUACGAGACGAAUAUGACAUAUACCCUAACUUUGUAACGAACCCAUCACAAUGGAAACCCUCUAGUCUUUUCAAUAACAUCAAUCUUAUGACCCAGCAAGUGCCAAUCAACACGGAAUACAACGCAGGUUGGAGAAUUAGUAAGCCAGCUUAUCAAACGCCUGGCAAAUUCCACAGAAGAAUAUCAGAUGAUGGAAUGAAAGAAUUUUACUGCAAAAGAUGCAGAGAAUUAAGCGGCCAAGGCUAUACAGGCUGUCCUCCAAACCCACAACAAAGAAACAAGUGGAUUUACGAGACAACAACACCUAAAAUGAAAUUGGACGGCAAAUUGGCGAAAUUAAACUAAUCUGUUUUGUGGUCAUUGUUUUUGUUCAUCCCGUAUCGUAUCCGUGAGUAGAAAAAAUGGUGAUGUUAUCUCACUGACCUUGAGACGUUGCUCAGAGGUUGAAAGGUAUAAGAUGUUCGUAAUUGUGC